CGGAGCGGCGCGACAGCCAUUGCUGCUGCGGAAGCGCUGGGCCUGACGGAGACGAGCGACCGCGACGCCAUUGUGCAGGCAGAGGAAGCCGGGCGACGAGCCGCCCUUGGGGCCGCGCGGAGCGGCGCGACAGCCAUUGCUGCUGCGGAAGCUCUGGGCCUGACGGAGACGAGCGGCCGCGACGCCAUUGUGCAGGCAGAGGAAGCCGGGCGACGUGCUGCCCUUGGGGCCGCGCGGAGCGGCGCGACAGCCAUUGCUGCUGCGGAAGCGCUGGGCCUGACGGAGACGAGCGGCCGCGACGCCAUUGUGCAGGCAGAGGAAGCCGGGCGCGGAUUAAUUUGCGAUUCUUUUUAUGAGGGUUGUUCCGUGGUUGGUGUCCAUGAUUUUUGUGGCGGUGCGGAGGUGCGUAGGGGCGUGAAAACUGCAACGGAUACGACUGCUUCAUGGCCUUCACGCGUUGGUGGGUUGAACCUGGUUGGUGCAGAGUGCGUUGGACGGUGCGCCCCUGCUGACGCCGCUUUACCUGCCUCUGAGGAAUGUCAUGUGAGUGUGGCCGCUGCUUCUUCUGCGGGUGCUCUGGGAGUUGAGAAGAACGCGUUGACGUCUGUUUCUGAAGCAAACGCGUUGGAGGGUUGGGGCGGCGCUGGGUUGGCGUCGUGGGCGGCUGGGGCGUUGCCCGCUGAGGUGGAAGUGGAGGCGGCAGAUGAGGGCCGACGGAUGCGUGAGCUCGCGGUACAUCCUGCGCUUCGUGCUGCGGCGGUUCGCACGACGAGGCUUCCACAUGGUGAGCCGCUCGGGUACGACUCCGACGAUGACAUACCGAUUCCGCAGUGGUACACUUUUUGGGGCUGCCUGAUUACGCCGUUUGCCUGCUGCAUGGGUCGGCGUCCGGUGCAUGUGUCGCACCUCGAGGAUUCUGCGUCGGAGGAUUAA